AUGGCGGAAGCUGCAGCCAAAUCCGUGUUGGGUACGAUCAGUCGGGGACACCUCGAAUGCCCAAUUUGUUGCUGUCGUUUCACCGAUCCCAAGAUACUGGACUGUCUGCACAGCUUCUGCCUGAAAUGCCUUGACAAGCUCAUCAGAGGUCAGCCACCUGGGACAAACGAGAUUAUUUGCCCAGUUUGCAGACGGGGAACUGCGGUGCCAGACACAGGAUUGCAGGGUCUACCCAACUGCUUUUUCCUGAGUUCCCUCGUCGAUGAAUUCAACAAGCAGGAGCGGUUGCUUGGAGACGCGCCAGCGGAUACUCGUACAUGUGAGCAAUGUGACGAUGGUUUAGAAGCCGUCUCGUGGUGCUUAGACUGUGACGGGAACAUCUGUCAGAAAUGUCUGGAUAUGCAUCGGAAGAUGAAAUCUACUAAGAAGCAUCGGAUCGUCAACUUGGAUCAAAGCAGGAGACACGAACCUCUGAUGGAACUUCGGAAGAAAGAUUACCCACAAUGUAACAAGCACGCUCACCACGAACUCUGUUUUUACUGCGAGACAUGUAAAACUUUGGCGUGUGGGAAAUGUGCUGCGUUAGACCAUCGGACAGCGGAGCAUGAAUACAGAGAAGUCGCUGAUGCCAUGCGAUCGUACCGUCAGGAUGUCGGAGAGAUUUUGCAAAGUUUCGACAAGAGCAGAGAGGAAUUCAAAGUCGCCGACAAUUCACUGACGCAUGCCAGGAACAGGUUGAAAAUCAAGGUUGCACGGGCUUGUACAGACAUUACCACUAAAGAGGAAGAAGAGAUUGCAAAGAUCCGAAACAAAUCUCGCCAUCUGAGAGACAAAGUAACACAAAUCGGAAAAGAACGAGAUGACAAGUUCGAUGAAGUGCAGAAAAGCAACCGUGACAAGAUAGAGCGGGCCGAGCAAAUCGUAGCGACAGUUAACGACUUGAUGCAGCAAGCUGACGACUUUGAGCUUUUAGACCUCAAACCGAAGGUGAUGCACAACUUAGAGUUCCAGGAUGAACUCGAAUUUGAGCAGGCACAGCAUGAUCUCUCAUUCAUCGGGGUCAAAUGUCAAGAUGUCGUUGCAGAUACAGACCUCGGUGAAGUACAUCAGGAAGAAAAUUGGCAGUUGAAAGAAGAGUUUGGCGAGAAGGGCGAUGAAGAUGGACAAUUUCAGUGUGCUGCAGGCGUCGCGUGUUUAAGCAAUGGUGAUAUUGCCGUUACUGACAUAAUAAAACAUCAGUUGAUGAUGUUUACUUCCACUGGUGAGUAUAAAACGAUUAUUGGACAGGAGAGGUUGAAAAAACCCCAGGGGGUAGCUGCGGCCUCAGAUGACCUACUUUUGGUAACUGAUGAUGAAAUCCAUGUCAAGGUGUUUGACUCUAGUCUAGAAUUCAUUCGCCAGUUCGCACCAUCACAAAAUGAGGAAGACGAUGAUACAGAUAGUUGGCUCACUGGUAUCGCUGGGGACCAGGGAAAUCGAAUUGCAGUGGCAGACAGCGGAAGAAAGGUGAUAUCCCUCCACAAUUUUAAUGGGUCGUUGAUUACAACCAUGCCAUAUGACGUGUAUGAUUCAUUUGGGGUCAUCGCGCUCAACGAACGCGUGAUCUUCGCAAACUUCUUUGAGAGCAAGUUGAUUUGUACUACCUAUACAGGAGAUGAGGUGUUCAAUGUCAACACUUUAUUGGACGGGGAGCCUGUAGGGCCCUGGGGCGUGUGCUGCGAUGAUGCUGGAGACAUCUAUGUUUCCGUUGGUCUCCAAGGUGGGGGCGGUGAGGUGCACCAUUAUUCACCCGCGGGAGUCUUCAUUGGGCGGGUGGUUUGCGGACUUCACUCUCCCUGCGGUCUGACUUUCACGCCAAGCGGAGACCUGGUGGUGGCUGAUGAGGUCUCUGUCAAGAUCCUCCAGCGGGUGUGAGCGAGCAAGCUCUCUUGUGAUUUAUUUCCUGCCGAAAUUGAACAGCAUAUAAAGCUAAUACCGGAUUGACGCAUUUGGACUGUGUGCUUUUAACGCUGACAAUGUGUGACCAUUCAGCCUCUUUUUCCUCCCUAUAACAUGAUAACAUUUCUGGCAUGGAGACGCAACGGGACCAUCGUUGUCUUGGGUAGCGGAUUCCGUAAUACCGCAGUAAUACCUUAAAUGAGGCUAAGAACAACAAUCAAAUAUGAGUGUGUUGUUGUUUGCUAUGCAUUGUACAUGUAUAACUUCAUGACUUUUACUUAAUAUUAUUUUAACUUUCCUUUUUUUUCUGUACGGGUGAUUAUUUUAUUGGGUUAGUUUUCAUUACCAUUUAAAAUCUUUCAACGUUAUUGUUGUCGUUGAACAUGAUUUCACCGAUUAUAUUGCAUUUUAUGACCCCACCUUGUAAUAAUCGUCCACCACUCUUCAGUUGUGUC